AUGGCCACUAAAGACGACUUGCCCCAACCUAGGGAUGAAUCCCCGGGCAUACCAUCUGUCGCGCCGGAUGCCCUGUGCAUAGAUGGCCAUCUAUUCCGCAUUAACUACGAUGUUCCAGCGGAGAUUACCGAGCAAAUGUGGGAAUUAUACGACCGUGAUGCAAAGUAUGAAGAGAUCCCGGAGCACCUGAAAGCAUACGAAACCGAAAAGGAAGACACGGACGUGGAAGAGGCACGGCUGUUGGAGGAAUAUAGACAAGAGAUCGACCAAGGGAUGAAGGACUAA